CCCAAACCAUCGCAUGCUCUAUCUUGUUACUCAAUUCAAUACUAGCAUCCGAUCAGCCAUCACUAUGAAGGUCUCCCUUCUCGUCCCGGCCCUCUUCUUCUCCGGCGCUCUCGCCGCCAUCGGCAGUUACUGCAAGGACAGCAAGGGUAUCUACGGCACUUGUCAGAAGGUCAACAAGUGCAAAUCUCUCAACGGAUACACAAAGACCAAUCUCUGCCCCGAUGACCCGGACGACGUCAAGUGCUGCUUCUACCCGGACUGCAACAGCAAUGGCUACUGUCAGAAGGACAGUCUUUCCUGCAGUGGCACAUACUCCACUGGUGACUGCCCUGGACCUAACGGCUACCGUUGCUGCAACUUGAGGACUGGAAAGCCUCCUAUCUGCACCCGCGACGAAAAGACUCGCCGCUGCCUCAUAAUCUGAGCUUGGAUGGGGAGUUCGUGCUAGCUGGUUGGGUCCAAUCAAACAAGCUCAGUAGCAAUAAGAACAUGAUUGAGCCUAAGUAUAAUGUUCUGAAAUGGUAUUGGGGCUGGAUCGGAACAUGGAGAUGCCACAUGAUGAUUGACAAAGUGUGUGAGACGAUGAAGAGAAAGAAAGAGUGGCAAGGCAUUUUGUCUUUCACCAAUCAACGAGGUUCGGUUUGAGCCGUUGAGACUAGAAAUCAGGGUCGAUGUAGACGCUGCGCGGAGAUAUUCACGGGGAGAUGGGUCACGAGAGAAGAGGCAAACAAACAAGAGCAAAGUUCAACAAGCAAUUACAUG